AUGGACUUGGUGAUCAAGAAAGGCAAGACGAGGAGGGGUAUGAAGGUUCGGCCUAGGGUUAGGUGGGACAGCUUAACGCCGGUUAAUGCUUUGGAGAUAGGGGUGAAGUUGGAAAGGAUGGGGGUGCGGGGGGAGGUGGAUAAUAUGUGGGAUAGGGCUGCUGGUUGCAUCAGGGAGUCUGCUAGAGAGGUGUUGGUUGUUUCGAGGGGCGGGUCUAGCCGUUAUCGGGUGGAUUGGUGGUGGAGUGAGGAUGUUAAGAAGAAGGUCGAGACGAAGAAGGCGGCUUAUGCUAAGUUAGUGGAGAGUAAGGAUGAAGAGGAGCAGCGGGUAGAUGAGGUCAAUGAGGGUAUUCGCAAGAUGCGAAGGGGCAGGGGCCUGACGAGAUCCCGAUAA